AUGACGAAAAAUCUUGACACCAAAACGCUUGCCCAACUUACAAAUUUAACAUUAAAUGAACUUCAGGUCAAUCCACUUCUCCGCCUCGACGAAAAUCUUUCGAAGGUUCUUGAGCACGUUGAGAAUCUGUUGCGAAAACGUAAAGAUGGUGUUUGGAGGAUAAUUAUCGACUCAAUCGCGUCUCCACUUUGGGGUCAACGACCGAGGGACUUAAAGUCAUGUCUCUCGCGGUUUAUGCUGCGCCUACGUUUGCUUCUUCGUGAUUCUUUCGGUGUUGCCUACAUUAGUAUUCCUAAAUCUGUUGUACAAGAACUGGAGCCAGAUACGAGGUGGAUGCACUACGCUGACUACGUUUUUGAACUGACUGGCUUCGAUGGUCUUGAAGCCAAUGGUAGUGUGAUUGCCAACCCCCUCUAUCAGGAGUACAACGGCCUUCUUCGCAUACUUAAACUUCCUUCUCUUAGUCAGAUGAAUAUGGAACCAGUUGCCCGGCCUCUCACCGCCGAUUGGGCGUUUAAAGUCAGGCGACGGCAAUUUAUUGUUCAGUGGUUGCCUCGCAAUUACCAUGACAUUUUUCAUAGACACAUGGAUCCCCCUGGACUACUAGACGAAGGCGAAUCAUCCUUGCUCCCCAUUCUUAUUGACGUUGAAAGUGGAGGCGGACAAGUCUACCAAACGGGUGGCUACUGGAUGAUGUCUAGUCAGCACAUGAAUGGAAUGUUUUCCAUGAAUCGGAUUGCUGACAUAGCUUUUGACCCACGCGAAGAACUCAUUUGGUCUGUCACAACCACCGGUCAGCUGACUGGUUUCUAUGGCAGUACCUUGGAGCAGUACACGACAACCCCUGUAACCCCAAUUGGCUCAAGAGUGACUGACGGGUCUAUCGAAGCGUGUGAACUUAAAUCAGUCUUCCCCUCUCCACGCUUCACCGAACGCGCCGUCUUUGUAUUGGCCAAAAAUGCCAUUUUCGCUUACUGUAAAUCCGGUAGGCCGAUUGGCUUUUCUACUAUGGCGCAGAUGCAGUCGUUGGAGUGCAUGGCCGCAUGUCGUGCAGUCCCCGUCGCGAACAUGGCCUUCGACGCCUCCGACUUUGACCGGUUUUUCUGCGGUGGACUCCAGUCGGAGCUGCUAGAGGUGGACGCGAGCAGUGGCGCCAACUGGGGCUCCCUCAUCCGAACAAUCGACGUGGGGCCUGACGGCUCCGUUAUUAUCCAGCCCUUUGCCUUUGGUCUGUGUGCCGGUAAUACCAAGGGACAGGUUAAGGUUAUCGACCCGAGAGCGAUGCGGGGAGUGGUACGGUCGUUCGAGGCCCAUUCGGGCGAGAUCUCUGACAUGACGGUCCUCAGCAAUGGCUACACCCUCUUCACCUGCGGUUGGUCUCGCAAGCCUGACUCCUCUCUACGCAUCGACCGGAUGGUUAAUGUGUUUGAUCUUCGUUUCGGACGUACUCAGGCCCCUCUUUCCACCAUAGUGGACCCAGGCUUCGUAGCAGCUGUAUCGGCAACACAGCAGAUCGUGGCAGCUUCUCAGGUCGGCAGCUUCCAGACACUGGAACUAGAAGGGCGCAAUCUCAGCCCUGAGAGCGUAGGGGAUAUCAUGCUCGCUGGCUACGAUCGACUCAAUUCGUUCUGCGUUUCUUCGAAUGGGCAGUGCCUUCUCUUCGGUACAGAGGCUGGCAACCUUCACCUCUAUUCCACGUCCUUAGAGUCUUGUCGCUUCAACCACUCGUCAAUGCAGACGGAGUUCGCGUCUCCCUUCGCCGAUGGACUGAUUCCCGCGGAUUUGGAUAAUCUUUCGACCACAGGGGACUACCACCUACCAGAGACGGGCAACCAAGCCCUCUCACGAAUGGCCGGUAAGCAGCUAACACAAAUCGCCAAUGCAGCCGCCGACGCAGCCAUGAUGCAGACAUUCGGCUCCUCGCUCUACCAGCAGGCCCCAGUCAACAGCCAGUUGAUGCAUCGAGAGCGAAUGCAGGCAUUCAACGAGGCUCUCUCCGUGGCAUUUAAACCGAUCGAUGAUUUCGGCAGCACCGGCGAUUUCUCAUUGUCUAGCGUGCUGUUUAUUUCUGAGCCGCCCGUUUGCGAAACAGCGGAAUUGUCCGAGUGGGUUUGCGAGAAAACUGGCAGCAGAAGGGACGGCUGUACGUCAGAUUGGCCUACAGACCUCUGCGGCGAAUUGAAUCGACCAAUGCUUCCUGUGGAUCCCAAGUUAAUAACUGAGGCAACAAGCACAGGAGUUGUUCCGAAGCCUCCAGAUAUGGGCCCGGUCUGGUUCCCCUAUGCACCCCCAACCUUCACCGCCAAUGAACUUGAAAUCGACCCAACCAGAAUGGAACAGAAACUUAGUUACGUGGAGGAGAUGUGUCAAGCCGCAAGCUAG